CAAUAGUCUUAGAAUUUGAUUAAGUAGAGAUUGAAUUUUUCGCAUUUUUUUGAUCUUGUACUGAAAAAAUGUCGUCGUCCUCUUCGAGCUCCAAGCGUCCUAGUAGGACGCUUCUAUACGCACAGCAACAACGAGAACAAUUUAUGAACGAGUGGGCAGCAGGAAACCAAGAUCUGCCUGAGAGUGAGCAGCUGGACUCAGAGCAGCAGCGUCCAGCAUCCUCUCCUGAGAAGAAAUCGCCUCCCGCUAAACGCCAUAAGAAUCCGUUUUGCAACAUGUGUGGCGUUCGUCAUCGGGAAACGACUACUUGCCCGUGGAUCAAAAAACAGCAACAAUCUCAAUCGGAUGAAAGCGCCGCGCUGUG